UAUUUAUGUGCCGCUCUUUCACACGGUGAGCAAGAGCCCUUCACUUUAAAUCCUCCCUGCGAUGCUGUUGCUGCUGCUGCAGGUCUCGGCGAGCUGCCUCUGGCUGGGACGCAGUGAGGUGGUGACAUCCUUUGAAAGUUCAUGCCCUCAGUUUUUCUUCCGGGAAACCCCCCCAAAUGAAGCCCUGGAGCCGGAGAACCCAGCCUGGAUCUGCCAGCGUUACAAGAACCAGUAUUACUUUGCUACCUUGUACGACAGGGACAGGCGUAUUCCCGUAUACUCUGCUUACCUCUACCAGCCUGGACCUGGCAAGAGACCUAAAACAUGGCUGGUUGAGCCCCAGCUGAUGGGUCCAACUUAUCCCAAAACUAUGGAAAGAGAGUGGACCCUCUUAAAUUAUUUCAACGUCAGCUUAGAGCAACUCAGCAAGAGCCAGGCUACGCUCCAAGACUACAAGAACCUGACGGGUUUGAACCGCGGCCAUUUGAACCCCAGCGGCCAUCACCCCAACUCCACCAGCAGGACAGCUACCUUCACCCUCACCAACAUAGUGCCCCAGGAUGAGAAACUCAACACCGGCGCCUGGAAAAACUACGAGCAGCAAACGAUGACCAGGAGGACGCAGGGCUGUAACACCACCUACGUCAUUGUGGGCGCCGUGCCUGGGAACAACUAUAUCGCCAAGGGAAGGGUUAAUAAACCCAGCCACAUCUGGUCGAGUGCCUGCUGUGAGGUGGACACCAACCACAGGAAGGCUUGGGCGGUCAUUGCUGAGAACGACAAGAACAAGGUCCAGCUCCUCACGCUGGGGGAGCUGGAGGACGUGUUGACCCAGCUCUACAGGAGGGACCAGGUUUCUCUGUUUCACAGCAGCUGUCCCCGGGAAUAAGCCCCACUUCACAUCC